AUGCGCAUCUCAAGUCAUCAUGAGGUCUUAACCCUGGAACAAAGAGUAGACAAUAUCCUGCAGAAAACCCCAUUGAUCGAUGGCCAUGAUGAUCUUCCUAUUCUCAUCCGCCUCAAAUAUGGGAACCAAAUCUAUCAGGAUAAUUUCACUACAAAAUUCGUUCAUGGUGGUUUUCCCGGACACGUUGACCUGCCUCGUCUUUCCAAGGGCAAAGUUGGUGGCACAUUCUGGAGUGUGCGUCAGACAAUGGAGCAGGUAGACUUGUGGCUCCGCCUACAGCAAGCCUAUCCGGACACCUUCUCCACGCCUCCAAAUGGUACCACGGCUCUUCAGCCCUUCCUAGACGGGAAGAUCAUCUCGCCGAUGGGUAUGGAGGGUCUCCAUUCCAUCGGAAAUUCACUUGCCUAUUUGCGUCAUUUCUACGCGCAAGGUGUAUCCUAUGCAACGCUGACCCAUAAUUGCCACAAUCGUUACGCUGAUGCUGCCGUCACCGAGCUCCCAGACGGCAGCGUGAAGAAGGCCGAUCCCCAUUGGCACGGUGUCAGUGAGGCUGGAAAGGCCCUGGUUUCUGAGAUGAAUCGGCUCGGGAUGAUUGUUGAUCUGUCCCAUGUAAGCGCCGAGACCAUGCGAGACGUCUUGGGCGCAGGCAAGGAUGACUGGGCGGGCAGUAGUGCGCCGGUCAUCUUCAGCCAUAGCUCCGCAUAUGCCGUCUGCCCUCAUCCACGUAACGUUCCCGACGAUGUGCUGCAGUUGGUCAAAUCACGGAACUCCCUGGUUAUGGUCAACAUUGCCCCAGACUUCGUCUCGUGCAAGGCUGGUGAUAACCCGAACGGUCUCCCUGAUUUUGUCCCCGAAAAUGCUACCUUAGAGCACGUUGCCGAUCACAUCAUGCAUAUCGGGCAACUCAUUGGGUUUGACCACGUUGGGUUUGGGAGCGACUUUGACGGCAUCGGUACUGUUCCCCGCGGCCUGGACGACGUCUCCAAAUUUCCAGACUUAGUUGCCGAACUCCUCAGAAGGGGAGUCAGUGAUGAGGAUGCGGGUAAGGUCGUGGGAGGCAACCUGCUGCGCGUUUGGAGAGACGUAGACCGCAUUGCUCUUGACAAGCAAGCGAACGGAGCUCUGCCUCUUGAGGAUGAUCUUCCUGAAGCGUAA